AUGGGAUUCAUAUACUCACAACUAUUCGUGAAACCCACCUACCCAACAACUUCAUGCGCAGGACAAACGAUAAUCGUGACGGGCUCCAACGUCGGUCUAGGAAAGGAAGCCGCUCGUCAUCUUGCUCGACUCGGCGCCUCCAAACUCAUCCUCGCCGUCCGGAAUACCAAAGCUGGCGAGGCAGCUAAACACGACAUUGAGAGCACCACAAGGUGCAGUCCUGAAGUCAUAGAAGUCUGGCCUCUCGACCUCUCCUCAUAUGCAUCCGUCAAGGCAUUCGCUGAUCGAGCGUCCAAACUGCCCCGUCUUGACGUCCUUCUCGAGAACGCUGGUAUUGCGGCUGGCAAAUGGCAGGUCUUCGAAGGCCACGAAAGCACACUUACAGUCAAUGUCAUCAGUACUUUCUACCUGGCCCUCCUUUUGCUACCAAAGCUCAAGUCCUCUGCCAAACAAUUCGGUAUCAUGCCCCGCCUCACCAUCGUGUCAAGCGAAGUUCACGGCCACGCGAAAUUCGCCGAGUGGAAAGAACCAAAAAUCUUUGACACUCUUGAUGACGAGUCCAAGUUUGAUGUCUGGGAACGCUACCCCUUAAGCAAACUCCUCGAAGUGCUUGUAUUUCGUCAGAUUGCACCAAGUCUGGAGGGAUCCGGCAUGACCCUUAAUAUACUCAACCCAGGACUGUGUCAUUCAGAAUUAGCACGCGACGCAGGUUGGACCUUAGCUAUCAUGAAAUUCUUUCUUGCCAGAAAUACAGAGGUGGGCAGUCGUACACUGGUCGCGGGUGCAGUGGCAGGACCAGAGGCACAGGGGAAAUAUAUGCAUGAUGGGAAGGUGGACGAAAGUGAACUUUCCCCGUUCGUGAAAAGUGAGGAUGGUAGGCUGGCGUCGGAGAAGGUCUGGAAGGAAUUGAGUGUGAUUCUGGAGUCCAUUCAGCCGGGUAUCACUGGUAAUCUCUGA